CUUCCUCUGGUAUCUCUUCAGCCUCAGCACAGGAUGUACAUGAAAUGACAAUUGGCUCCAUCGUGUUCCGCGUGGCGAAAGGUGAUAUUACCAAGGAAGAGGGAGAUGUCAUUGUAAACAUAACAAACCAAACCUUCAGCCUCAAAACAGGUGUCUCUAGAGCAAUUCUGAAUGGUGCUGGAAAAGCAGUUGAAGAUGAGUGUGCUCAACUAGCCUCACAACCUAACGAUGGCUAUAUCACCACCCAAGCAGGAAACCUGCCGUGCAAAAAAAUAAUUCAUUUUGUUGCCCAAGAUGAUAUCAAGGGGCUAGUCUCCAAAGUGCUUCAGGAGUGUGAAUUACAGCAGCACACCUCUGUCACCUUCCCAGCAAUUGGAACGGGAGAGGCAGGCCGUGAUCCAGCUGUAGUAGCUGACAGCAUGAUAGAGGCAAUAACGGACUUUGCAAGAAGUAACUCUGCUCCGUCUGUGAAAACUAUUAAAAUUGUCAUCUUUCAGCCUCAUCUGCUGAGUGUGUUCCAUACAAGCAUGCAGAAAAGAGAAAGUCCAAUCUGGAGCUCUGAGAAACAGUCCCCAAAGCAAAAAACCAAAACAGUUUUGGGAAAGAAAAUCGACAUGGCUGUGGUGCAAAUUUGUGGUGAAAACAGAAAGAAAGUGGAAGCUGCUGAAAACUGGUUGAAAAGUGCAAUUUUAAAGGAACAGGUUCAAACAGAAAUCACAGAUGAGUCUAUCUUACAUUUCGGUGAAGUGGAGAGCAAGGAACUAUGUGACCUACAAGAUAAAUUAAAUCUUGCUCUUCGUAUGUAUGGUAACUCUAUUCGAAUUUCAGGUGUUGAGAAAAAUGUCUGGAUUGCUUAUUCAGCUGUUAAAGAAAUGAUCCACAGGGUGGAAGCUGCUAAACAGAAGGAGAUGAGCGCGGAACUUUUACAAAACUUAAUUGAGUGGAAGUAUUUUGAAAAGGAUUCCUAUGUGCCCUUUGACAGUCUCACAAAUAUGCACUUGGAAAAUGCUUUCAAGGGAAGGCAGAGAGACAUUUCAGUCAUCAUUGAUGAGAAAAAAUACACAGUGAAUAUAGAAGCUAGAUAUGCUGUGGAUGACCAAGGAAAACGUAUACCCAUUACACGUGUUGAUAAAUCUGAAGAUCAAGCAUCAACAGUGCUCCCUGCAACAUGGGACGAUAUGCAAAACCAGCAACUCAAAAUAGUGGAACUAAAACCAGAAACAAGAGAAUAUAAAGAUGUUCAGGAAAGGUUUCUGAAGACCUGCCAGUUAUUUAAAAUUAAAAAGAUUGAAAGGAUACAGAACCCAUAUCUUUGGAAGGUCUACCAAAUAAAAAAGAGCGAAAUGGAUAAGAAAAAUGGUAACAGAAAUAAUGAGAGGCUUCUGUUUCAUGGGACAAGUAAGGAGUCGUUAACCUUCAUUAACGACCGUGGGUUUAACCGGAGCUAUGCUGGAAUGCACGCUGCAAACUUUGGAAAUGGAACGUACUUUGCUGUUAAUGCCAGCUAUUCUGCGCAGGACACCUACUCUAAACCAGAUGUAGAUGGGAAGAAGUUCAUGUACUUGGCUCGAGUCCUUGUUGGAGAAUAUUCUCAGGGGACAAAAGGAUCAAUUACUCCAGCAGCAAAAAACGCUAGUAACUCCUUAGAUCUGUUUGAUAGUUCAACUGAUAAUGUGAACCAGCCGUCCAUGUUUAUCAUCUUUAGUGACAUUCAAGCUUACCCAGAAUACCUUAUCACUUUCACUAAAUAA